AUGAUUGUGCCCUUCAUAAUACUCAGGAACGUUUUGGAAUUUGUCCGCCCCAUAGCUGCGAAGCUUCAAAAACGAGACGGGGACAUUGUUGAAGCCUACAACAUGAUAGACAAGACCAUCGACCGUAUGAAACACGUGCGCGAGCAAAUCGAGUCCGAGUACGACGACUGGUUUCAGACUGCGGAAGAGCUUGCUUUGUCUGUGGACACAGUUAUCACGAAGCCUCGGCUUCUAGGGUUUCAGCGCAACCGGGCGAAUGCUCCAGCGGCAGACGCGCGCGAGUACUACCGCCUUAACGUUGCUGUCCCUUUUCUAGACCAUGUUAUUCAAGAAAUGGACAGUCGUUUCCCAAAGAGCGAUCGAGUUGGUCUUGCCCUGCUCCAGCUUUUACCGCCUGCUGUUACCUCAGUUGACCUGGAAAAACUGAGAAAUGAUUUGUUGUUCUGGGAAAUAGACCUCCCGGCUCCAUGUUCUCUCAAGAUGGAGCUGAGAGAGUGGCGCAACUUUUGGUCCCGAGAGGGCGGCGCAGUGGAACACAACAUAUCUAACUUGAUUAAGUCCACUGACGAAGACGUGUUUCCCAACAUAAAGUCAUUGUUACGAAUUGGAGGAACCUUACCAUGCACAAGCGUCGAGGCAGAGAGGAGUUUUUCUGCUUUGCGCAGGACGAUGACAUACACAAGAUCAACGAUGACCGAUGAGCGGCUGGCAGGACUCCUUUUGAUUAGUGUGCAUCGAGCGAUGAACAUUAAUAGAGAGGAAGUGUCAGAAAGGUUCGUUUUGAAAAACCGGCGCAAAAUGUUCCUUAACUGUUUGCUUUACGAUGAAAACUGA